GCGCCGCGGCCCUGAGCGGCAGAGACGGCAAUAGGCUGCAAUGAGUAAGAGCCAGAGCUGAAGUAGUGCACGGCGUAAUUCCUGCUCUGUGAUCAGACAGUCCAAGUGAAAAAACCGGGAGAGGGGGCACAGAGAGGCAGUGACCGGCUCAGCCUUUGCAACCGGCUCGGGACAGAACGUCUACAGAUAUUUAUAGAUACUAAAACAAAAACCUCACCCUGAAUACAGCCUUUCUUAAAAAGAAGGUCCUGGCAAUUCUGUCUUAUUUAAGCAAUUUCCUGAGUCUAAGAAUAGAAAUGAGCUGCCUGGAAGGCACUGCAGGCUGAAAUUUGGAGACACAGGCUGCUUUAUUUUAUUUUUCUAAAUAUAAAAACCUUUCGUUUGGAUACUGGAUUUUUAUGUGGGUCUUUGCAGCGGAGGGAUGUAUGGUUACUUUCAAUUCUACUUUUUUUUUUUUCCCUCUCUUUUAAUUAAAAAAAAAGAGCUUUCCAGUUAAAAAGCAAGGAAGCUGUUUUACCUGCGUGUGACAAUCCCAGAGGACACCGAUCAAGAAACAAGGGAGUGACUUGGUCUUCUGCGCUACUUUACUCCUACCCCCAUUUUUUUUUAAGGGGGAGGGAAGGAUUUUUCCAGUCCAAGAACCUCUUGCCCCCAAGUUUUGGAAGGGGGGUUGAAGAAUUGCCACCCAUCUGGGGGUGCAUGAAGGCUAUUGCUUUUCUUUCUCUGUCACCUUGGUUCUGUGGCGGUUUGGAAGAGAACUUUGCCUGGCAGAAGAGGAUGAUGUGGAAGUGGCUGGGCGCCCUGCUGCUGUUCCCGGUGCAGAUGGUGUAUCUGGUGGUGAAAGCCGCCGUGUGCCUGCUGCUGCCGCCCAAGCUGCGAGACCUGUCCCGGGAGAACGUGCUGGUCACCGGCGGGGGCCGCGGCAUCGGCCGGCACCUGGCCCGGGAGUUCGCCAGGAGAGGAGCCAGGAAGAUCAUCCUGUGGGGUCGGACUGAGAAGUGCCUGAAGGAGACCACGGAGGAGAUCAGGAUGAUGGGGACAGAGUGCCACUACUUCAUCUGUGAUGUGGGCAAUCGUGAGGAGGUCUAUCAGCAAGCCAAGGCCGUCAGGGAAAAGGUGGGUGACAUCACCAUCCUGGUGAACAAUGCUGCUGUGGUCCAUGGGAAGAGCCUGAUGGACAGCGACGACGAUGCACUGCUCAAGUCCCAGCACAUAAACACCCUGGGACAGUUCUGGACCACCAAAGCAUUCCUGCCAAGGAUGCUGGAGCUCCAGAAUGGGCACAUUGUUUGCCUGAACUCUGUCCUGGCCUUGUCAGCCAUCCCUGGUGCCAUUGACUAUUGCACCUCCAAAGCCUCAUCCUUUGCUUUCAUGGAGAGCCUGACCCUGGGGCUGCUGGACUGUCCUGGAGUGAAUGCCACCACAGUCCUGCCCUUCCACACCAGCACAGAGAUGUUCCAGGGCAUGAGAAUCAGGUUCCCUAGUCUUUUUCCUCCUCUCAAGCCAGAGACAGUGGCCAGGAGGACAGUAGAAGCUGUUCAGAUGAACCAAGCCUUCCUGCUCCUUCCAUGGACAAUGCAUGUCCUUGUUAUCCUAAAAAGCAUUCUCCCCCAGGCAGCACUUGAAGAAAUCCACAAGUUUUCUGGGAGCUACACCUGCAUGAACACUUUCAAAGGACGAACAUAGGCUGGCACCAGGACUGCUCUGCAGUGAGCCAGCACAAGCCUGAAAAUCCUCCAGGACUGGGAAUCAGCAGCUCUUGGCUUUCAGCCUGUUCAUGUGACUUGUGCUGCUCUGAGGCAACACAUUUCUUGCAGGUCAUAUCCAUAGUAACAUGACCUUUGCACAGGAUUGAGUGAGUGGACUGUGGACCCUUGGAAAGAAAAACAGAAAGUGUGAAAUGUUCCUAUGAUGUUUAAUUCUUUAGAGUUCAAUUGUUAAAUCUACUCAUAGUUUUGAGAUGUGAUUUUUGUUGCUGAAGUGUCUGUGGGCUGUCUCAGUGGAGAGGCAGCACAUCCCAUCCCAAACACACUCUGUGCCCUCCCUCCAGGGGAACUGCCACUGCUUUCAGUUCAGCUUUUUCAAUGGGGAACUUCAGAAUUACUUGGAAGAACUAAAAGAUAUGGACAUUUCAUGGACGCUUCCUUCUCUUUCUUCACUUCCCAUCCCAUGAUGAAGCUGUUCCCAGCACACACUGGGGAAGGAGCAAACCAUGAAGCAAUGUUUGCUUUGCUAAAGGCCACCCAGGACUUCUCCUUCUGGGCCCAACAAAGCUGUUGUACUUCCCCUGUGGAGGCUGGACAGGAAGGCUCAGGCAGCAGAGCUGAGAGUUUAAAUAGUGGAAAAUCCUUUCUGUCACUGAACUCAUAUGUGAAAUUGUCAUUUUGAUUUUUUUUUUGGUCAUUUCUGAUAAAAUAUAAAUAUAUUUUUAGUGUUAAUCCCAGAUUGCCACACAUGUAGGCAGCAGCACAUUGGGGAUGAACUAAAUCUAGAAACUAAAACUAGAGCCUGCUUGUACAAACAUACAUUCACUGACAUAAUCCAUGCAGAGGAAAAUCCUUUAUAUCAGUCUGCACAGUGAAGUGGAAUAAUGCUCUAAGAGACAGUGCUGUUGUGCUCAUGAGAUGUGAAAUUUGGGAGCACAUUUAGCAAAGACCUGAUUAAAUGCAUUUUGAAUUCAUCUGGGAAUAAACCCAUUGUGCUUUAGGAACAUUGAGUCAGGCACUGAUCAGCCAAAAGUGAUAAAUAUGCUUGGACUGAGGUGCCAGAAGCAGCUAGACAUUAUUUAUUUUUGUAGUGAAAUAUUCUCUUUGACAGCCUGGGAAGGGCAACACUGCAUUCCUGUGCACAAUGCAGUGAGCAGCACUUUGGAGCACUACUAACAGAGAAAUUCAUGUAAUUGCAAUACAGGAAGUAGCAAGUCCAACUGGAGACACCUGAAUAAAGUGCCUCAAGGGUGGAUCUGUGAUUAAAGGAGUGAAUUUAGGGCUCCUGACUCGAAUUUCAAGCUUUUCUGUAGAUGUCCUGUGUGGCUUGGGGCAAAAUGCAUCAUCUGAAGGAGCACCCUGACCUGCAAAGCAGAGAUUUCUAGAGUUUCCCUACCUCAGAAUUGCAAGUCUGACUACCUAAAUGUCUGUCAAAAGCUCAGCAAGUUCAAAUGCAGCAUGUUAUAGAAAGGAAAGGCUGCAUUUGUUCAUAGACCAGGAGGUUCUACACAAAAAUUUAGGUGAGGGAAAAACCCAUAUGCCACAAUAUAUCAUCUGCUAAAAGACUUCUGAGGAACAGCAGAAAAGCUGUGAGCUGUGCUUAAAACACUGCUCUGGUUUUGCCACGUGGAGUGGAGACCUGCAGCUGAGGUGCAGAGGUGUGAGUGUUGAAAUCAGGUCUGACCUUGCUGCAGACCAGUGGAUUUCUCCUUCCUGGAGCUCUCCAAGAGGAAGGUGCUGCUGAAGUGUGGAAGUCCCUCUGCCUGGGUGAGUGUUUGGAGGGGCUCUCCUGCCUGGGUCCGUGCAGAGCUGUGACCUGAGCACUGGGACACCUCUGAACAUGUUUCUCAAAAUGCAGUUCUCCUUGGAAUUCCUGAUGUCUGAGGCUCUCUGGAGAGGAUGAAAAGAAUUUCAAUCUCUGGGAUUUUGAGACCCACCCUAACAGAUGCUUCCAGCUUUAUUCUUUGUCAGUUUUUUUGAGAAGUCCAUCUCACUGAAAAGUCAAGUGCCACGAGGGGAGAAGCCUUCAGGGUUCCUUCCAGGAUCUGCCUGGAAUACUGAGGGUACCAGGUUUAUCAGGAGAGGUUUGGGAGAGGAAGAUAGGGUGAUACCAGCUUCCCCUUGUGCUCCCUGAGCCAUUCCAGUUUCUCAUUAAUCCCAGCUGGGUGUGCCAGGCUUGUAGCUGCAAGUGCAAUCAGCUGAGCUGAAAGAGCAGCGUCCCCUUGAAAUUAAACCUUUGUGCUGAGAUUCUGUUCAUUGGUGACUUCCUAAUGCAAAAAAUGAGGUAAAACCACCCUGGAAUCCACGUCCAUCCCCAAAUCCUGUCCCUUAAAGAGAUCUGCUCUUUCCCUGCAGCACACAGAAGAUGUUGCCUGUCUCCAGGGUUGCCUUACACACUGAGUGCUGUUGAUUUCUUUCUUUCUGAUGAAUAUAAACAAGUCAGGAGUAGCUGAGGCUCAUCCUCUCUGCUCUCAUACACGCACAGAGCUCCCUCUGCCUUCCCUCGGGGUCCCAGAGGGGACAGCAGGUCAAAUAGCAGUCACAGUGGGGGAGAGGCUUGCAGCAAACAGAAAAUAAUGAGGAAAACAUUAACUUUGCUUUUCAGAUAGCAGGGAGGAGUUGGGUAAGAGAGAUCCUUCCCUGGUGAGUGUUGCAGACAGGACGGGCUCCAUCGAGCUGCAAGCGUGGAUGGAGACUCUGAAGAGUUUUUUAACAGAAAGGCUCCUCUGGAAUGCCUGCUGGGGUCUGCUGGGACCUUCCCACAUCAGGGUAGGGUUGGGUAAUCUCGAAGUGCUGCAAAUGUGGACAGGCUUUGUUGAAGCCUAAGGCCUUCUCCGAGGAAUUUCCGCCCUUUGAUUUACUUUAAUUUUGAUUUUCCCCGCUCUCUCUGCUGCCUCCUGCUCUCCACUGCACAAUUAUUUUUUUCCUUCUGUUUUCCUAUGUCAUCACUGCACUUUUCUGUGCCACCAUCUUGAAGCCAGAUGUCAUACUAAAUGGAGAUUUGUUAUCCUGCUGGAGGAAUCCAGGUGAAGCUGCAGGAGCAGUUCCCAGCAAUUUCAGAGGAAAUUCUUUUUACUUGCUGCAAACUCUGAAGAAGUACAAGAGUCCUCACUAUGGCUUUUAUACAGGACAUUGCUGCUGGUUUAAAAUCUGAAUGAUAGAGAAAUAUGAGCUGGUUUGGGACAUGUUCCCUUCACAAAAAAAAAAAAAAAGGCCAAAUUUAAGUGGGAGGAUUUUUCAGCUCAAGGUGGCUUCAAGGGCUGCUGUUUAUACUGAGUGAUUUUCAGAAUUAGCAAGGCAGGGCAGGGAGAGGAGGAGUCCUUUGUAUUGGAAUCUGAUCCCUGAUGUUGAAUGUUUCCUUUUGUGGUUUUUGAUGAGAAAAAAGUGCACCCUCGUGCACCCUUGGUGAACUUUGAAAGGGCUGUUCCAGCCAUGCCCCUGCCAAUGGCGUGGUUUCAGCAGCAUGGCAAAAAGGAGUGGACCCUGAAGGUGGGAGCUGAACCCUCCCCACUCACCCAUUGUGCUGUUGAGGUUAAAAAGCAAUAGAGUCUGUCCCUCAAGUUCUUCUAGAACUGCACAGAAAGUGCCUGGGCAAGUGAUUCUGAUGUUUGCAAAGAGAAACUUGUUGUACUUUUAUGUAAUGUGUUAAUUAGUGUGGGUGGGUAUGAUCAGAUCUAGUCUUGCAAGCCUUUCCGACAACUCCCUGAACACUCCCACCUUCAGAUAUUAACAGAUAGCACUUGCCAAAGCUCCUGAAAACCCAGUACCAGACUUAAUGCAGGCAGAGCAGAAGUGGGUGCAUGUAUUUCCAAGAGAACACAUCUGCUUGUGCAGACAUUAACGUGGCCUAGUGCCUUCCUGGAGCUGAAAUGCAACUGUUGAGAAAAGAGUCCAAGGUGAUCCCUGGAUCUUCUCUUUUGUUUUUAUUUCUUCACUUGGAUUUAAUAAAUUUAACCUAGGUGGCAGCCA